AUGCAACCUGAGGUUGAAUCAUUAGAGCAAGAAAGAGUUGAGCUUUUGGUUAAAAAAGCUGAGCUUGAAGCUGAGUAUGCUAGGCUUAAGGUUGAGAAUGCUGAGUAUAUCAGGCUUAAGGCUAAGAUUAUCGAGUUUGAAGUUGAGAAUGCCAAGUUUAAAGCUGAAAAAGCUAAGUUUCUAAAAUCUACCAAAAAAUAUUACACAGAUUUUGAGAGUUAUAUAGUAAAAUUAAAACAUCUUAGUUCGCAAUACCCAGACCAUCUUGAGACUAUGUCCGAAGGUGUUGAUUGCUUUCUUUAUACCCUUUCGCAGAACAAAACUGACAAGAUGGAAUAUUUUAACAAAACUCACCCAAACAACUGGUCGCUUUUGGGAUAUCUCGAAUGGAGAGCAAAUUUCGCUGAUUUUUCCAAUAAAGUGCGCGAACAUAGCGUUUUUUUCGAUUUGGUAAAAAAGAUUUCUGAUGAAGGACUGCCGAUGAGCCAAGAAUUUCUAAGAUUCUUGGAUGAAAAAGAUUUGUCUGAAGUAAAUACUUUUUGGAAUAAUCGUGAAAUAGAACUAGAAAAGAAGAGAAAGCUCUGGCAGAUAGAGUCUUCGGAUUUGGACUAUAUAUACACUAAGGACCAACAACUAGAAAAGCAUAUUAAGGUUAUUCGAGAAAAUAGGACGACAGUUGAGCAAACCAAAAGUCAGCUUCCUAAGGCAAAUGUACCUGUAAUGGAUCUCUCAAGUAUUUUGAAUGAUCCGGGAAAUUCUUAUCCUAUAAUUAAUGGCUCAGGUGAUGAUAUUAUAUCAUCUUCUGGAAAUAGCGAAGUGCAACCACAAGACUCACCAGCGACUACGUUACCUGCAUAA